AUGUUUUCUCAUUUUACAAACAUUGUGAACAAGUUGAAAGCCUUGAACAAAGAUUACACUCAGGAGAAAGUAAUGAAGGUGCUACGCGCAUUACCCAAGAAGAAAUGGAGGCCAAUGGUGAUAGCCAUCCAAAACAUUCAAGAUCUAGAAAACUUGAGCCUAGAUGAACUCAUGGGGAUGCUACAAACUUAUGAAGUAGAACUUCAAGAUGAUGAGUUGGAAGAACUAGAAGAAUCAAGAGAAACAAGAAAGAAAACAAUAGCUCUUAAAAUGACACACGAGUCAGAUAAAGAGGAAAGUGAAGAUGAACAAAUACUACUCCUAUCUCGUCACUUUCACAAGUUCUUAAAAUCAAAGAAAGGAAGAAAACCCAUCAAAGGACAACCCUCUAGAGAUAACAAAGGUAAGAACUACUCCAAUGAGAAAUCUAAUGAAGUAAUUUUCUGUGAAUGUAGAAAGCCGGGUCACAUCAAACCCAAUUGUCCAAAUCUCUCAAAGGAAGGAAAGAAAAAGAAGGCCUACAAAGCCGAAGAAACUUGGGAUGAGUCAGUCGAUAGUAGUGAUGAACAAUCGGGUGAUGAACAUACUUAUAUAGCCUUGAUGGCUGCAUCUGAUCAAGAAGAAGAUAAGGGAAACUCCACAUUCUUUGAUAAUAUGAAUUGCAUUUGUGAAGAAAAUAAUGAAUUUGAUGAAUUGUAUGGUGCUUUUCAAGUAUUAUUCGAAGAUAGAAAAAGGAUAGUGAAAGAGAAGAAGAAGGCAUUAGGAAAGCAAAUAGAUAAUCUCCAAUUUACCUUGAAUGAGCUCACCACUUAUGUGAGAGAGCAAGAAAAUGAAAUUAAAGGCCACUUGCAGACUAUUGAAAAAUUACAAAAAGAAAACAAAGAUCUCUCACAAGGAAAUGCCAAAUUAACCUCAGCCCUAAAAACCUUUACUAAAGGUCAAAGGAACCUUGACACCCUAUUGCGAACACCUCGAAGAGAUGUUCACAACAUGGAAGGCCUUGGAUACAAAGGAUCCACCUCUAAAUCCAAGAAAAAUGAAAAGACCAAUCUACCUCUGAAGAAACCUUAA